AUGCCAUACAAACAAGCACAGCAGUACCAAUCCUUUCUUUGUUGCUUUUUUUGUUCUAUUACCUGCCUAUGUAACUGGAACGAAACUUCAAAGGGUUUACUUGGUUUAAGAAUUAGUAAACCUUAUGACUCAGGAUGCUUCAAAACCACUGUUACCGUCAAAAACUACCAGGCUCUCCAGGAUAUCCUUGCUGACUCUAAUUGGCACCGUUUCAAAACAUACUCACAACUAGCAGAAGAUACACGUUAUGAGGUUUUCACAAAUCUCUCAACUGACUUUGAAGAACACGAAAUUAAAAACAUUGUUAAGGACAUGACAACCAAGGCAGGUGUUAACAUUCACCAAAACGCCAUCAAGAUUGAUGAGAAACCAUCCCCUUUUAAUCCUGAUGAGUCCUAUUACAACGUAACCGUUACUCUCAAAUCGGACACUGAAGUUGAAAAGGUGCUAGAGGUCAUUCACCCAAUUGAAACCAAACACGGUAAACUUAUUACCAAGUCCUUCAAAUCAAAGGCACAAUUCUUUAAGGAGAAGGCCGCGUCUAAAUUAGCCACACAUACUGAAAAAGAUAACUAUAACUUCUCAACUCCUCCGAACAACUCAGAAGCAAGAUUCACGAGCCUUGAGAAUAGAGUCUCCAGUCUCGAGAGUAACAUGACCCAUAUCAACAAGAACCUGGAAAAAAUAGCCCGGAGUGUUUCCAAACUUGUCCAAGCUGGGAAAAGAAAGGACAUGCUUGAUGAAGACGUGGAAUGA